GAGACGCCAUUACAGGGUGUGACGUCUCUGCUGGAAUACACACGAUUGGAGUAUUUGCCGCAAUCAAGGGACAAAAACAGGAAUUUGGUGAGUCCUGCUAUUGGAAACUAACUUAAUUAACAAAUGGCUGAGAAAACUGCUCUUGUUGAAAGUUUCCUGAGUUGCCAUGUGUGUUCAGAGACGUUCACUGAUCCUGUGUCUCUGAGCUGCAACCACAGCUUCUGUUCAAGCUGCCUUCAAAAAUUCUGGGAACAAGCUGGAAACACAAACUGUCCCAUUUGUAAAAGAAAGUCCUCAAAGGAACAUCCAGAUGUGAACUUUAUACUGAAGGAACUGGCUGAUGUCUUUGCUGGAAGACAGAAAGCUGAAUCAUCUGAGACAGAAAAAGGAGAGAAGAAGGUGGAGGUGAUGUGUAGUAAACACCAAGAAGAGCCUAAAUUGUUCUGUGAGGACGAGCAGAGAGCUGUGUGUCCUGUCUGUGAGUUUUCUCUGCACCAGAGUCACAAGGUGGUUCCUGUAGAACAAGCAGUCAGUGACCUGAAGGACCAGCUGAAAUCUGACUUAAAGUCUCUGCAGGACAAGAGGGACAAAUACAAACAAGUGGAGAAAACAUACAAUGAAGUGAUUCAACACUCAAAGAAGCAGCUGUUGUCCACAGAGAAGCAGAUCAGAGCAGAGUUCAACAAGCUCCACCAGUUCCUGAGAGAGGAAGAGGAGUCCAGACUGGCAGCUCUGAGGGAGGAAGAGGAGCAGAAGGAGUGGACUGUGAGCAGAGAGAUGAAGAAGAUUCAGCAGCAGAUCUGCUCUCUGUCAGACAGUAUCUGUGCUGUUGAAGAAGACCUGCAGAAACACAACGUGCCAUUCCUCAGCAGUUAUAAAGCCACUCAGACCAGAGCCAGAGUCCAGUGCUCCCUGUCAGAUCCACAGCUGCUCUCAGGAGCUCUGAUAGAUGUGGCCAAACACCUGGGCAACCUGUCCUUCACAGUCUGGGAGAAGAUGAAGGACAAGGUCCACUUCAGUCCUGUCAUUCUGGACCCAAACACUGGAAGCCCCUGGCUCUAUCUGUCUGAUGAUCUGACCAGUGUGAGACGUGGAGACACAGAGCAGCAGCUUCCUGAUAAUCCAGAGAGAUACACUAAUCACUCCAGUGUUCUGGGCUCUGAGGGCUUCAGCUCAGGGAAACACAGCUGGGAGGUGGAGGUGGGAGACCAUCCUGGCUGGAAUGUGGGUUUGGCUAAAGAGUCAGUUGACAGGAAAGGGGAGGUGUAUGCUUUGCCGAAAUAUGGAAUCUGGUGUUUCUUGCAUCGCAGUGGAAAAUACAUUAAUGGUCUUUGUGAGACUGUCAGAGUGAAGAAGAGUCUCCAGAGGAUCAGAGUCCAGCUGGACUAUGACAGAGGGGAGGUGUCCUUCAACGACCCUGAAGACAUGACUCACAUCUACACUCACAGAGACACUUUCACUGAGAAACUCUUCCCAUAUUUCAGUAUUGGUGCAGCUGGUGAUGCUAAAACUGCUGACAUCAAAAUCUGUCAAACUGAUGUUUCUGUGAUGAUCAGGGAUUAAACUUUUAACUUCUGCCUUCAAAUAUUUUUGUGUCGUGAUGUUUGAGGUUUAUUGAACUCUAAACUCAUCAUCACACUCUGGAUCUGUUUGUCUUUUCUCAUUUUAUUUUACACCUGAAGCAGAUUUGAUUUGGUGUUGAGGGUCAUGGAAAUGUUUUGCUCACUGUUUCUGUGGUCUGAAAUCAAUAAUCCAAAGUGGUUUUCGUGCUCAUGACUGAAAACAUUUACACUGUAUUGUUUUGAAUUUAAAAGUUAAUGGUCACAUUUGAUGGACAAUGAAAACUCCUCCGACCUCAAAGUCUGUCUGGAUCACUUUAGAAAAAUCUGAUUAAACCAGAUUAAAAAUAUAUCAACCAAACACUGAAACUGUGUUUUAUCAUCUGAUCUUAAACUUUCAUGCAGGAACAAAUCUAAUAUAAUUAUUGGAUUAUAGCUGAUUAACCUGGUUAACAGCAUGUUGUGUUGAAGCAGACCACAAUACAACAUGAACUGUGUCCCCUAAUCUGUUUCCAGCUGUGUGAUUCUGUCACUUUUAUCAUCAUCAGACACCAGUUUUCAUUGUCUGGAUCUUCUGAUCAGUUAUAAACUGGAUUGUUGUUUCUUCGUUUGUUCUUCAGCAGAAUUUAUUUGUAGUCAAGAAGUGAGUCUGCUGUCUGAAAUGAAUGAUGCAAACUUGUUUUCAUUUUCUGUAAAAACAUAAAAUCAUUAACUUCAUCUGAAAUUAAUUUUUGGAACAUCUUUAACCACAAAGUGUUUUUUUCAUAUUUUCUUUUGUCAAAAUGUGUUCAUGGUGGGAACUCGUACUUCUACUUGUUUGUGUUGUUUUGUAAAUACUCUGACUGCACUGAAACUGCUUCAUUAGCUUUUAGACGUAGAUUUAGUGUGCAGGUUUAAUCAGCUCUUAGAAUAAAGUUGAAUCCAGAAGAGAAUGUGGCGACAAAAUGCUGAAACUGUUUUAUUUGAGUCUGAUUUUGACUCAGUCUUUAAUUCUUUCACUGCUUCUUCAUGCUGUUUGUGAUGUUUUUAAAAGUUUUUACAUGGUCAGUAACAUGAAUGAUAAAUGGAAAUGUCCAGUUUGUGAUCAACAUAAAGAAAUAAUGUUUCUGACUCAGCUCUGUCUGUUUUAAAUGUCCGUCAGAUGGAUGCAGCUUCAUGAGAUGUGUCAUUAAAACAGCAACAGUUUUCCCUCAGAAUUGUGUGAAUGAGGUUGUUUCCAGUUUCUCAAAAUUAGUCUGUCAAAUAGUGACUUAGAAAAACUACAAAUCACAAUAGAAACAAAUCAUAAGAGACGUUUAAACGACGACUACAAAGUCCACAAACUAAUUAAUCUGAAUUCAUCAGCAGUUAAAACAACUAAUUUCUCAGUGAAACUCUUUAAACCUCAACAUUGAUGGGCAGCCCAAACAAAUUCAAUGUAUAGUUUCUCUCCUAAAUACCAUGAAUAAUCUGCUGAAAUGUUACAUUUCGUUAUUAUCUGUCACCUACUUCACACCAUUCUCAGGGACAUCAUGCUCACGUGUGCAUGAUGUCACCAACAUUGUUGGAUGUCCAGGUUAGAGGUAAGAUCGGUCCCAAUCCAGCCCGACCCGACCCAGGCCCGCGAGUAUU